GUAUAAUGCAUUACAAUUAAUUAUGGCGAUUGACAAAAACUAAUGGAAGAUCGAAGUAGUGUAGAUUCCAAUGAGUCAGUCAGUACAAGUGAAGAAUACGAAAUUAUUCCUAAAACUGUAUUACUAAAGUCUGAUGGCCGGCCACAGUUAAGUAUUAGUGGCAGUGGUGGUUUGGAUCAUUUACAAAAAUGUAUUGAUGAAAUAUUAGAUGAAGAAAAAGAACAAAGCUCAAUAAAUAAAAACAUGACUGACAAAAAUGAAAGUUAUAUUGCUCAAUUACCUAAAAUACCAGAAGACAUACUUGAUAAUCUUGGCAUCAUACAAAAAGGAACCAUGUUUGGUGGGAUUUCUUAUCUUGGAUCAGCCAGUAUUACUCAACCUAAAGAUAAAUCUGAAAUAUUACGAAUUAUGUCCAUAUUAAAUAGAGAACGUGUUUCUGGACAAGAUAUGAAAAUAUCAGUAUCAAUACCUGUAUCAUCCGAAGGAGCUGUUAUAUUAUUUGAUAGUACAAAUAAUACUAUAAUUGCUCGCUAUGAAAUUGAAAGAAUUAUGUUUUAUGCAAAUGGAGUGAGUGGUACAAAAGAAGCAUCAUGUUUUGCUUUUAGUUGGGCUCACGGUGAUAGUGAAAAAAAUGCUUUAUUUCAGUGUCAUGUAUUUAAAUGUUCUAUUUCAGAAGCAGUUAACCGUGUUUCCACUUGUUUUGUAAAAGCUUUCCAAAAAGAAUCUAAAACUACUGUGAGUACUACAUCACCAAUAUUGGAUUCUAGGGUAACUUUAGACAUGCAAAGUAAAAAUGGUUCUACUGAAAUAUAUAUAUUUGAAGUCAGUUUAGAAAUCAAAGAAGAUGAUGGAAAAGGAACAUUUGUAUCUGUACCAAGAGAUAAAAAUUUUCUUAAACUACGAGCUAAUGUUGAAAAACAAGUUUGUUUGACUGUUAAUCAAGUUGUAUCCAAUACAGAGCAAAAAAUAUUACAAUUGGAAAGAUGUUUUGGUGUUCUUGUUUGUCAUGGCCGUAAUGUUAAGCAGAGUGAUAUGCAACUAUUAGAUAUGGUAUCUAUGGGAACAGAUUUAUUAGAUACUGAAGGAAAUAUAACUACAUAUAUAAUUACUGGACAUUGGGAUCCAUCAGAUAAAGUAUUUGAGCCUCUCAAUAGUGAAACUCAAUGUUCAUAUAUUACAGUUGCUGUAGAUCUUGUUAUGCAAAGAAUUAAAGAACCUGUGAGAUUAUCAAUAGAGACACCUAUUAAAGUAUAUGGUGCAAAUGAAAGGUUUUGGGUUUUUGGUCGGCGGCAAGUUACACAUCAGUUUUAUUUAAAUUUACAACAAAUUAAUAUUGGUACUUCUGAAGCUGAGUAUAAACUUCUAAAUAUUGAUAAUUCUGGAGAAAUGGAUAAAAGUCGAUUGAACUUAACUUUAAAUAACUUGGCUAAUUUUAUUCGAGCACAAAGUAUUAAUUCAAUUGAAAUGAUAUCACCUAAAGACGAGAACUUGUCUGAUAAUGAUGAACCAUUAAUAAGUGGAACAGGGGAUGUAUCUAAAGAAUGUAAUGAAUUAGAGCUGGAAUCAUGGAAAGAUGUCCUCUUAAAAUGGGUUACAUGUAAGUCACCACCUGCCCGCCAGUUAGCUGCUCUAGUUAAAGAAGGAAUUCCUGAAGCUUUACGUGGUGAAGUUUGGUUACGUCUGGCUAAAGGUGACCUGGAUCCAAAACUUAUGGACACUUACAGAAUACUACUCACUAAAGAAUGUGAUUGUGGUGGAAUUAUUCAGCGUGAUAUUCAUAGAACAUUCCCUGCUCAUGAUUUUUUUAAAGAAGCUGGAGGUAUUGGUCAGGACAAUUUAUUUCAUUUAACAAAAGCAUAUGCAGUAUAUGAUACUGAAGUAGGAUAUUGUCAAGGGCUAACAUUUCUUGCUGCUACUUUGUUAUUGCAUAUGCCAGAAGAACAAGCUUUUUGUGUCUUAUUAAAACUGAUGUAUGAUUAUGGAUUACGAGAAUUUUAUAAGGACGGAUUUGAAACAGUCUAUUUAAAACUUUAUCAAUUAAACAAAUUAAUGGAAGAACAAAUACCUCAAUUAUACAAUCAUUUUAAUACCAAUGGUAUUGAAGCCCAUAUGUAUGCUUCUCAAUGGUUUCUUACUCUUUUUACGGCCAGAUUUCCACUAUUUUUUGUAUUUCGUAUCAUGGAUGUUAUACUUCUUCAAGGACUGGACACUUUAUUUCAAGUUGCAAUUGCGUUGUUACAAUUUUGCAAAAAAGAUUUACUGCAGUUAGAUUUUGAAAAUAUUCUCAAAUAUUUUAGAGUGACUAUGCCAAAAAAAGUUAGAAAUGAUGAAGUAGCUAAACAACUAAUAAAAAACGCAUGUGCAAUAAAAUUAAAAAAACUGAAAAAAUAUGAACAACAAUUUUUAACUUUAAAAGAAGCACAAGAAAAUGCUGAAAGUUUUACAAGUGAAUUAGAUCAAGUAAAAAUGACCUUAAAACAAACUGAGGAAGAAAAAAAUCGUUUAGAAGAAGAGCUUACUAGGGUGAAAAAUAUAUUGAAAAAAGAAAUUAAUAAAGCGGAUUCAGAAAUUACUAGAGAUCAGACAAUUAUUAAAGAAUAUAAACAAAUAUGUCAAAGAUUAGAUGCUGAACAAGCUUCUAUGAGAGCUGUGAUAAAAUUACUUAAAAAUACAUUAGGUGAAUGCAGUAAGUGUAGGUCAUUUUUAGAAAAUCCUUUAUUAAAUAAUGACUCUUCCUCGAAAAGUAGUGAUGCUUCAACUAGUCAAACUGAUGAAAGUAAACUCUCUAAACGAAUCACUGAGCUUGAAAUAGAACUAGCUCAAACCAAACUAGCUCUAGUAGAAUCUGAGUGUCGAAAUCAGGAUUUAGGACACAGGCUAGGUGUUACGUUUACAGAACUUCAGGCAUCAAAGAAUACUCUUCCUCCAUGGCUACAAAAAACACUAACUUCAAUAAAAGAAGUUGCUACUAACAAGACAAAUGAUCAGUUACGCAUGAUAGUAAAUAGAAGAGACUCUGCUCCUAAUCCACAUUCCUUUGGACUUUGAAAUGUGUUCUAAAAAUAGUAUUUUUUUUUUCGAACAAAAAUAUAAUGACAAAUAAGUCAGUUAUUAACAUGUUUUCUAUGUAUAAAAUUAUAAAAUAUAAAUUAUAUAAUAUAUAUGGUUUAUAUAAAAUUUAAAAAUAGUUCAAAAUGUUAAGGAAUUAUCUAACUUAAGUAAAUAUUAAUGCUUAAUUAUUUUAUGUUUAUAAUUUGAAAAUUGUUGCUGAAAACUUUUUAAAAUAUAGCAUCUAAAAAUAAUAAAAAAUUGCAUUAAAAAAAAAAUUCAUUUCUACUAUUUAUUUAUAUAGUGUUUUAUAAAAAAUUAUAGUAAGCCAUAUUUUUAUUAGAUAAUAUUAUUUUUUUUUAUGAAUAAUUGUUUAUUAAUUUAUACUACAAAUUUUAUUUUAUUUUCACCAUUUCACUUACUAAGUGAAAAUAAAUGUCUGAUUUAUUUGUACACAUUUCAUUGAAUAUGAAUAAGUAGAUCUCGUUAUUAUAUACUAUGUUACUUGGAAACAAAAUUUAUUAAAUUAUUAAUUAAUAAUAAAAGUUUUCUUAUACUUUAUUAAACUU